UUCCAUUUUUCAUUUCCCUCCAACUGCUAUCUCUUUCUCCGAACUCUUCUCUCAGAGAAAUCUGAAAUGUCUAGUCGUGGUCGCGGUCGCGGUCGUGGCAGUGGUGGUCGGCGAUCGGAGAAUCGUCCCGAUCAGCCUGCUCCUUCUCAACCAUUUCAGCAGGGAGGAGGAAGUGGUGGUGGUGGCCGAGGACGAGGGGGAAGGACUGGCGGUUAUGCUUCAACUCCUGUACCACCGCCAGUGGUUUCACAUGCUCCUGCUCCGAUGCCGCAACCUCCAAUUCCUUCGACUCCGGCGCCGGCACCGGCGCCGUCGUCGUCGACUGCUGGCCCUUCCACGGCUGCUUCGUUGAGCCGUGAAGUUGAGAAACUCACAUUGCAGGAUCCGGCGGCGACUGGGAGACUUCCGCCGGAAUCAUCGAAAUCUGUGAGGUUUCCGGUCAGGCCUGGCUACGGUAAGGUUGGGAGAAAGUGCGUAGUCAAGGCCAAUCAUUUUAUAGUUCAAGUUGCUGACAGAGAUCUGUGUCACUACGAUGUAUCUAUAAGUCCUGAGGUAACAUCCAAGAAAGUAAACCGUGACAUUAUUAACCAACUGGGUACUCUCUACCGUGCUUCUCAUUUGGGUAAUCUGAGAGUUGCCUAUGAUGGCCGGAAGUCUAUCUACACUGCUGGGGAGUUGCCAUUUUCCUCCAAAGAGUUUAUCAUUAAGUUGGUUGACAAUGAUAGACCAGCUGGAACCUCCAGGAGGGAACGUGAGUUUAAGGUCACUGUCAAGUUUGCAUCUAAGCCCGACCUACAUCACCUGCGACAGUUUUUGCAGAGCAGGCAACUUGAUGCUCCUCAAGAAACAAUUCAAGCACUGGAUGUUGCUCUCAGAGGAGCUCCGUCGGAACUGUAUACUGUCGUUGGGAGGUCCUUUUUUCACCCCACACUGGGUCGUCCUGGUGAGCUUGCCGAUGGCAUAAUGUAUUGGAAAGGGUACUAUCAAAGUUUGAGGCCAACUCAGUUGGGGCUUUCUCUCAACAUUGAUGUUUCAGCAAGGGCUUUCUAUGAACCCUUAAGGGUAACUGACUUUGUUAUCAAAAACUUUAAUGUGAGAGACGAUCUAAGGCCAUUGCAUGAUCAAGUCCGGCUCCAGCUAAAGAAAAAUUUGAGAGGGAUUAAAGUGGCAUGCAGUCAUCUGCAGAAUACGAGGACGUAUAAGAUUACUGGGGUGUCAACAGAACCAUUGAACAGAUUAAUGUUUACUCUUGAUGAUCAGGCGACACAGACUUCAGUUGCUGCUUAUUUUCAAGACAAGUACAGAAUCAAACUGAAAUAUGUGACAUGGCCUGCUCUGCAAGCAGGAAAUCCAGCAAAGCCUAUUUACUUGCCCAUGGAGGUUUGUACAAUUGUUGAGGGGCAAAGAUACACUAAGAAACUCAAUGAAAGGCAAGUAACAAAUCUACUGAGGGCUACCUGUCAACGGCCACAUGAAAGGGAAGGAAGCAUUCGGCAAAUUGUUCGGCAGAACAAUUACAGUGGUGACAAGCUUGUUGAGGAUUUUGGAAUUAGUGUUGCAAGUGAUAUGACAAUGGUCGAUGCUCGGGUUUUGCCCCCACCAUUGCUUUUAUACCAUGGUACUGGGAGGGAGGCUACUGAGCAACCUCGAUUCGGGCAAUGGAAUAUGAUCAAUAAAAAAAUGAUCAAUGGUGGCCGCAUAGAUACUUGGACAUGUGUGAACUUCUCACGGUACAGUUCCGAUAUACACGAUCGCUUUUGUGGGGCAUUAGUCGAUAUGUGCCUCAGUCGAGGAAUUGCCUUCAAUACUAGACCAGUUAUUCCCUGCCGCCCUUGGCAAGCUAAUCAAAUUGAGAGGGCCUUGAGAUCUGUUCAUGAGGAAUGCACGAAGAUACUUGGCAACAAACCACUGCAGUUGUUAAUAAUUAUCUUGCCUGAUUUUACUGGUUCAUAUGGGAUGAUCAAACGAAUUUGUGAAACUGAACUUGGAAUUGUUUCACAAUGCUGCCAGCCUAAACAGGCAGUAAAGCUCAAUAAGCAGUAUUUGGAGAAUCUUUCUCUUAAGAUUAAUAACAAGGUUGGCGGCCGGAACAGCGUGUUAAGUGAUGCUCUUAAUAGGAAAAUUCCUUUUGUGUCUGAUGUCCCUACGAUAAUCUUUGGCGCUGAUGUAACGCAUCCACAGCCUGGAGAGGAUUCAAGCCCUUCAAUAGCAGCCGUGGUUGCUUCGAUGGAUUGGCCUGAGAUAACCAAAUAUAGAGCGCUGGUCUCCGCACAGCAGCACCGUGAGGAGAUUAUCCAAGAUCUUUAUAAACUAACUAUGGAUGAUAAAAAGGGCAAAGUACAUGGUGGAAUGAUAAGGGAACAUUUAAUUUCUUUCAGAAGAGCAACUGGAGCCAAACCUCACCGGAUUAUAUUCUACAGAGAUGGUGUUAGUGAGGGACAAUUCAGUCAAGUGUUGCUUUACGAGAUGGAUGCUAUAAGAAAGGCUUGUUCUUCGCUAGAGGAAGGAUAUCUUCCUCGAGUUACGUUUGUUGUUGUUCAGAAAAGGCAUCAUACCCGCCUUUUCCCGGCUGAUUACAACAACCGUGAUUCGAUGGACAGGAGUGGCAACAUUCAACCAGGCACUGUUGUCGAUACCCAAAUCUGCCACCCAACUGAAUUCGACUUCUACCUCAACAGUCACGCUGGAAUUCAGGGAACCAGCCGUCCUACACAUUACCAUGUCUUGUUCGACGAGAACAAAUUCAAUGCCGAUGCCUUGCAAGUUCUCACAAACAAUCUCUGCUACACGUAUGCGCGGUGCACCAAAUCAGUGUCCAUUGUUCCUCCGGCCUAUUAUGCUCAUUUGGCUGCAUUUCGUGCUCGAUACUACAUCGAAGGAGAUGUUUCUGAAGACGCCUCUUCAGCAAGUGGUGGUAGAGCUGGUCCAAGAACGUACCGUCCCCUCCCGGUGAUCAAAGAUAACGUUAAAGAUGUGAUGUUCUAUGUCUAAGAUUCAAAUCUGUUUAUGGGAAAGAAUACUUAGUUCUUGGUAACUGUUCCAACUCUUUUGGUUUGGUUUGGUUUGGUUUGGACUUUGGAGGAGAAUGGGGAUUUACUUUUUGAUGGACUUUACUUGAAAUAGGUCAUUUGGUUUUUUUGAGAAAUUUCAAGUAUAUGGGUUUAUACACAACACAAGUGUGUUGACUGAAAAGUGUAGAGCCAUGAAAGUUUGUUUUUGCAUAGUCGAUAGUAGUGGUACAUAUAUGCUCUGCAAAUGUAAAGAGACCACAGGAACAAUAGUUUCUAACUCGAAUCUAUUUUGGCACUAAUGGUUUACAAGUUUGUUUAUAUA